GUCAGUUUGUUCAGUCAUUUUUCUGUAUUCAUCAACAGCCAAACAAGAGCACUUCACCAAAGGUCUCAAAACAAUGACUGUGAUGACCCCAGAAAAUUUCAGUCCAAGCAAUACAACUUUGGAUAACUUGCGUCAGUCUUUCAACAUCAUGUCUAUCACUGUUUUCUCCCUGGUCUCUGUCCUCGGUGUGCUCGGGAAUGGAGUGGUUAUCUGGGUGACCGGGUUCAGGAUGAAGAAAACUGUUAACACAGUUUGGUACCUCCACCUUGCUGUGGCCGACUUCAUCUUUGCAGCAUUUCUGCCCUUUAGUGUGACAUUCCUGGCUUUGCGGUUUCACUGGCCUUUCGGUAAUUUCAUGUGCAAGCUGGACGCCACUACAGUCUCUCUGAACAUGUUUGCCAGUGUCUACAUUCUGGUGGUGAUCAGUGUGGACAGAUGUGUGUCUGUGGUGUGGCCUGUCUGGGCUCAGAACCACCGAAAUGUGCGCAACGCAUUCUAUGCGAGUCUGUGUGUUUGGGUGGUGGCUUUGAUCGUCAACAUUCAAUAUUUUUUUUACAUGCACACAGAGGAAGUGUCUAAAGACACAACUUACUGCUUCAGCAGUGUUGAGGAUUUUAAAUAUGCAACACCAUCUGUCUUUCAUACCAUUUCAAUCACCCACUUCCUUCUCGGAUUUGCAGUCCCCUCCACUGUCAUUGUCUCUUGUUAUGCUGUCAUCAUCCAUCAUCUCAGGAGAAACCACACCCUGGCCAGCGAAUCAAGUCGCCCCUUUAAAGUUAUUGCUUCCAUUAUCGUAACUUUUUUUCUGUGCUGGGGGCCCUAUCACAUCAUUGAUCUAAUUCAGUUGGUGGUAUUUAAUCCACCAAAUGAAACAUUUCAUUAUGCCAUUUUAAUUGUGUCGAAUGUCGCUGAGAAUUUGGUCGUUCUUCACUGCUGCUUGAAUCCACUGCUGUAUGUCUUCUUGAGACAAGAUUUUAAGGAUGAAAUCCGAAAAUCCAUCCUGAAUGUGCUGGAGAGUGCCUUCCAGGAAGAGGAGACACGCUCUCCCAGUGACAUGAAGUCAGUGAACACCAGGCAGAGCAGAGAGAAGUCAGGUUUGAUUACUGAGGUAUAAGGCUGUAUAUGAGGUAAAUAAAUAUGUUAAAACCUUGAAUAGAAAUAUUCUUUGGGUCUUUUUACUAGCUCUAAAUAUUACUCCAGAGUAAUUUUGUUCAAAUAAACCCUGCUCAUAAAAUUGCGGAAACAGCUAAUGGUACAAAUGGUGCUGUGAUGUAUUAUUUCUGUGCUGUAUUCUGUAUAACGUUUUUCACCUUUUUGGUUACUGUAUUCUGUUCUACUUAUCCAGCCCUGGAAAAGUGGAUGAAGAUGGAUGGAUGGGUUAUUUAACUUUAACUAACUCACAAAGUCUACCAUUCAUUUCUAGUUAUUAAUAAUCACUGUGUUUUGUUAAUAACUUAUUAUAAGCUGAUCACCACUGAGUUCUU